AUGACUUUCGAGAAAAUUGACGUGAUGCUGAUCUUCAAGGAUAUGGGAGGUUACGCUUGGUCUACUCUCUUUGCUAUGUCGUGCUGGUGGGGAUGGAAAUGGCGUUGCUGGUAUGUAUUUGGGAAAACAGGGUUAUGCCAGGAUCGGGUGAAAUUUGUUAAAGACUUGGCAAAGGAUGUAUCGAUGGCGCAUGAGAAGAGUAAAGCUAAGACUGGGACGCGGGCACGCACGGAACAACAGAUAGCUUGGGAACCACUUGAGGGAGGGUGGCUGAAGAUGAAUACAGAUGGAGCCUCGAAAGGGAAUCCUGGAGCAGCCGCAGCUGGAGGGGUCCUGAGUGAUGAAGUUGGUGCUUGGGUUUGUGGUUUCUCGCUGAAUCUUGGAAUAUGCUCAGCCCCGCUAGCUGAACUCUGGGGUGUAUAUUACGGGUUAUAUUUGGCUUGGGAGAAGCGAGUUUCGAGGUUGGAGAUCGAAGUGGACUCGGAGAUGGUUGCAGGUUUCUUUAAGACAUGGAUCAAUGAAUCUCACCCUCUGUCAUUCCUAGUACGAUUGUGCUAUGGCUUCAUUUCUAGGGACUGGAUAGUCCGGGUUACUCACGUUUACAGAGAGGCGAACUGUGUCGUGGAUGCUUUGGCGAAUCAUGCCUUCUCGUUACCGUUUGGUUUCUUUUCUUUCACUUCUACACCUGCUGAGAUUUCGGCAUUGUUGUUAGGAGAUGUUAACGGCUCUACAAGAGUCCGGUUUGUACGAUCUUGA